UUGUACGGGAUCCGGGCAGGGUCAAGCUACGGGUACAACGCGAUGGCUCUGUGGAGUAGGGUCAGCUGGAUGGACCUGGGCCUAGGCCUCGGCCGCCUGGUCAGCGCUCGGGGGCUGCGGUGUUCCCGCCGGCAAAGCCGCGGAUCCCAGCAAGGUGAAAGCGCUGAAAGGCCACAAUCUUCAUCAGAGACAUCAAAGAUACCCAAGAUUUACACCAAAACGGGAGACAAAGGCUUUUCAAGCACUUUCACUGGGGAAAGAAGACUUAAAAAUGACCAAGUGUUUGAUGCCUUGGGGACUACUGAUGAAUUAAGUUCAGCUAUCGGGUUCGCCAUAGAACUCAUCACAGAAAAGGGCCAUACGUUUGUGGAUGAACUUGAGCAAGUCCAGUGCAGGCUGCAGGACGCCGGCGCGGCCAUCGCAACGCCACUGCCUUCGGCCAGGGAGGCCCACUUGAAGCGCACCGCGUUUAGUGAGGACGCUGUCCUGGACCUGGAGCGCCGCAUAGACGUCUACACGACCCAGCUCCCCCCCCUCACGGCCUUCAUUCUGCCCUCGGGAGGCACGAGCAGCGCCGUCCUGCACCUGUGCCGAUCCGUGUGCCGCCGAGCAGAGAGGAGCGUCGUCCCUCUAGUCCAGGCCGGCCAGACGGACGCCAGCGUGGCCAGAUACUUGAACAGACUCAGCGACUACCUCUUCACUCUGGCCCGCUACGCAGCCAUGAAGGAGGGGAAGGAAGAAAAGAUAUACCGCAGGAGAGACGCCCCCGAGGCCGGCCCCUGAGGCACGCUGGCAAACCCUGCAAGGGGAGGAGCCGGCCGGGGGGCCUCCGGGCCCAGCACCCUCCUGCAGAAAGGCCCGACGCCCCCCUGAGAUCCCGAGGCACCGAGCGGGGUCUCUGCAAACAGAACUGGAACCUCGGCGGGCCGGGCGGCCCUCCAAUAAAAGCAGCGUCCGAGUGUG